AUGAAACCCCUCCCAUUCCCAUUCGCCCUCAACAUUGGCACGGAUAUCGUCCACCUGCCCCGGAUCAACCGUCUCCUCAACCGCCGCGGAGGCUACCUCGCCAGCUUCACGCGCCGCAUCCUCUGCGAACAAGAACAGCGGGAUUUUCACGCGCGAUUCGCCUUGUCCCCAAGAACCACCACCCCUCCCUCCGCAUCCACCGCAUCAGUUCCUCCCCGCGAACCCCCUACUAUCAUUACGGCCGACAUGACGCGCUGGCUCGCCGGCCGAUUCGCCGCCAAAGAGGCCGCGCGGAAAGCCGCACCCUCGGGAGCCGCCACGACGGGAUGGAAAGAUGUGAUGGUACGCGUGGGCGAAGCCGACCAGGAAGGCCGACCGGAGAUCGUGUACUUGGGGCCAGAGGGGGGAAAAGUGGGCAAGUUGUCAAUUUCGCAUGACGGGGAAUAUGUGGUUGCUACGGUUCUUGCGGCUGGUUGA